GAGCGGCGGGGGCCAGGCGGCCGCAGGCAGCGCGCAGCAUGCACUGGGGGGUUGGCUUUGCCUCGUCCAGGUCGUGCGUGGUUGAGCUGAGCCGGAAUCAGAGCCUCCCGCUCGGCUGGGCUGCGGGGUCGGAGGAGCGCUUCUCCUUCUAUGGGGACAUCGUCGCGUUCCCUUGGCAGGAUUGCGGCGGGAUCAUGGCAGGGCUGGGCUCUGAUUCGUGGUGGAAGAAAACCCUUUAUUUGACCGGGGGAGCCCUGCUCGCUGCCGCGGCGUAUCUGCUCCAUGAGCUCCUGGCAAUUAGGAAAGAGCAAGAGGUUGAUUCCAAAGAUGCUAUUAUACUGCAUCAAUUUUCAAGACCUAACAAUGGUGUGCCCAGUUUAUCUCCUUUUUGUUUGAAAAUGGAAACUUAUUUAAGGAUGGCUGAUUUACCCUAUCAGAACUAUUUUGAUGGAAAACUUUCCUCUCAAGGGAAAAUGCCCUGGAUUGAAUACAAUCGCAAAAAAGUGUCUGGCACUGAGUUCAUUAUUGACUUUUUGGAAGAGAAACUCGGAGUGAACUUAAAUAAAAACCUUGGUCCACAUGAAAGAGCUGUUUCCAGAGCAGUGACAAAAAUGGUGGAGGAACAUUUCUACUGGACAUUAGCUUAUUGCCAAUGGGUGGACAAUCUCCAUGAGACCCAGAAGAUGCUUUCAUGCAGUGGCCCAUUCAGUGACCUGCUGAAGUGGAUUCUGUGCCACCUAACGAAAGGAAUUGUGAAACGAGAAAUGUAUGGUCAUGGUAUUGGCCGCUUCUCGGAAGAAGAAAUAUACAAGCUGAUGGAGAAAGACAUGCGGUCUCUAGCAAACCUCUUAGGUAAUUGAUCUCUGCGAAACCCCAGAAGAAAUACCCCUUUUCAAUAAUUAUGUUCCUUGAAUUUUCCUGGUUUUCCAACAUUCCUUAAAAAUUAACAUCAGAGGUCUAGAGAACUUUUAGGAUGCUUAGGUGCAAGAUACCUUCAAAGAGAUUCUUCAGGUAGCCUCAGGCAACAGCAGGGAGGAUAGUGUAGAUGAGGAAGAGGAAAAGGAGAAUGGUCAGCAGGCAAGUGGAGAAUCUGAUCUCACCGACAGCCAGAACCUUUUUAUAUCUUUGGAGACAAUCCCCUCCUCCUGGGACAGCUGGCUGCUGGGCCCUGAUGUCUGGGAGGGCACUUCUGGUGAGUUGACAUUUUUCAUCAUGUUACAAGUGGGUUAAGGCAGUUGGGUGAGAUCUGUGGCGGCCAUUCUGCCCUCCCUGCAAUAGUUUGUUAACGUGUCUGGAAAUGGAGUGGGAAUCCUCCCUGCACAUCUCUAUGAAGGUCUCGUAGAGGUACUCUUUCAUCCAUCUCACAGGAUUUCUGGGGAGGCCGGCCUUCUUCCAUCCUCCACGUUAGGACCUUUCCAUGCCAAGCCAGCAGUAGAUGAGCUGGCAUCAUUGCAGCACCAAGCAUUGCAGCAUAAGGUCCAGGUUUAUGGCCACAUUUAGUCAGCAUCCAUUGCUUAUCACUUGGUAUGAUUUCGGAGAAGACUGACAUCAAACAUGGCAACCUGGAUGAAGCAGGAGAAGCUUUGUAACUGGUACCACUGAGGCAGUACACCCCCUCCCUCCUGCAGACUCCCCAGUGACCAUGUGAGCCCCUGCCUUGUCACCAUGGCUCCCCUUUGCAAAUGCAGAUGGUUGCCUAGCUGCAGGAGUUGCUAUUUGCAGCCACUGUGUUGCACAUGCUUUCAAAGCAGAUGCAAACGAGUGAACUCCAACCUGUUCCACACUCUGCCUGCUAUCAAGUCGAGUCCAGCUGUUUCCUUAAGAUCUCUGUGCUGUACCUGCUGCAUAGUGGGCACUUAAAAACAUAACUUUAGCCUUGAACAUAACACAUGCCUAUUGUGUUGGACAGAUGUUCUUUUAUGCUAAGAGAUUAGCUUCUGUGUUCUACAGUGUAUCUCCUCUAAAGUUUGCCCAUCGCUUUUUUGGUACGGCGAGUGCAACAGUGAGCGUGUGGCCACUUCUCCCAGCUCCUGCAGCUGUUUGGCUAGCACAGAUCCGAAGGCAAAAACAUAAUAGGGAUGACAUGUUCAAUGAGCAAAUGCAAUCCAUCUGCAUGGAUAGGGUGCAGUUAAAUGCGUGGAGGAGAAUGAUGGUGCAUGCGGUGAGGAAAGCAUGCAAGGAACAUGAAUUCAAAACACAGGAAGAGAUCUUGUGUGGCAGCAAACAGAGCUGCUUAGCUGCCUGCUGGAGGUACAGAAGAAGCAGAUAGAGCACAGAGCCCCUGUCCAAUACAUGCUGAAUCAAAUGUCCUCCUCACCAAGUUCCAUAGUGUCCCCUCCCAGCCACCUAGGACGUAUGUGUAUGUCGGGGGGAGAGAGGGGGAGACAAAGGCAGCCUUCCACUCAACUCCCAGGGAUGUCUUCCAAAAUAGAAGGCUGUCAUUCCUACACCAAUGAUUGCUGGACAGGGGGACUGUAGUAUGCUGCUUGCACUUGUUCCCCCCUUCCUCCCAAAGCUCCCCCGUACUCCUUUUCUGUCUCUGCUUCCUUGUGUUGCCUCAGUAAAGAUGCAUAUUUUUCUCAACCACAGUAUCUUUAUUGCUUGUGUUGAACAGAGGUGGGGGGAGGGGGACUUUAUAAGGUUUACUGGCCAGCACACUUAAUGCAGGGGGCACUUCAUUAAGAGCAACAUACAUUGUCUGGUCAUUCACAACGCUUUUUUCCAAAACCUCUCUAAUUUGCAUUGCCCCUUGAUGUGCUCUCUUUACUUCCAUGGAGUCUGGCUGCACAUAAUUAGAAGCUAGGUGAUCUGCCUCGACUUCCCCACCCCCCAGCCUAAAAUUUUCCCCCUCACUGCCACAGAUAGUAUGGAGCACACAGCAGAGUGCUGCAACAAUGGGAAUGUUGCUCUUGCUGAGGUUAAACAUAGUCAGUAAACUGAGAAACUUUCCCUUUAAACAUCCAAAGGCACAUUCUACCACCAUUCUGCACUUGUUCAGCUGGUAGUUUAACUGCUCCUUACUGCAGUCCAGACUGCCCGUGUAGGGCUUCCCGAGCUACGGGAGCAAGGAGUAGAUUGGGUCUUCAAGGAUCACUAUUGGCAUUUCAACAUCUCCGAUGGCAAUUUUCCUGUUUGGGAAGAAAGUUCCAUCUUACAGCUUCUUGAAGAGACCGGAGUUCCUAAAGAUGUGCGCAUCAUGUACCUUUCCCAACCAUCCCACCUUGAUGUUGAAGAAAUGGCCCUUGUGAUCCAGCAGUGCCUGCAAUGCCAUUGAGAAGUACCUUUUGCGGUUUAUGUAUUCUCUUGAAAGGUGCCACGUUAGAGAUGUGUGUUCCAUCUAUUGCCCCACCACAGUUAGGGAACCCACAUUGCAGCAAAGCCCUCUGCUAUGUCCUGUGUGUUUCCCAAAGUCACUAUCCUUCAUAGGAGAAGGGUAUUGAUUGCCUGGCUAGUUGGGUCACAGCAGUCCCCACCCCACGGCAGUUUACCCACUCCAGAUUGAUUCCCAGCUGACUGGUAGCUGUCUGGUGUUACCAGCUUCCACAGGGAAAUUGCCCCCAGAAAGCGGGUCUCUUUCUGGUAUUGCUGCACUUCGGGGGUGGGGGCAAGCAGUUUGGAAAGUUCCAUGAAAGUGGCCUUACGCAUGCAAAAGUUUUGCAGCCACUGGUGAUCAUCCCGUAGCUACAUAACUAUGUGAUCCCACCAAUCUGUGCUUGUCUCAUGGCACCAGUAUACGACUGUGCCAAAAGAAUCAAUUGCCACCAGCAUCUGCCAAGUGCUCCACUUAGAGAUUUCAUACACGUGUGUAUUUGUGGCCUCUUCACAUUCUUCCUCGCUCCCAGGGCUCUAGGCUAGGCCCUGGACAUAUGACAUAAGACAUGAGGUGUUUGCAAUGAUUACCAUAGCUCUUUUCAGCAGAACAGGAUCCAUGCUUGCACAGAAUGGAUAGCCAGAGACAAAAGGGUGCAAAAAAGAUUGUUUGUCAUUGCUUUCAAGCAGGGAGGGAGGAAGAGAUUGACUCUGGGGACUCUGGGCAUUAUGGGACUCUGAAGACUUGUACCCAGAAUCACCCAUUGCACUGUUUUUGUUCCCAUUCAGGGGCACACACUAGUCUGGAAUUGCAACAUAGUUGGCUAUUCCAGCACUAGGCCUCUUCUGAGCAGUAGUUACCAAUUAUACUGAAUAGGGUGACAGUUUGGAUUUGAACCGAUAUUAAGUAAAUCCUUUAACUGAAGUCACCACUCUCAUUUUCACUUGCAAUCUGAGGAAAGGCCUGAAACCAGAUCUCCACUAGUAAAAGACUAGUGCAGGACACUGGGCUGCCAGCUCCUUUUAGCAAAGACGUUAAUCAUGGGUCAGCUUUGAUUUUUCCCUGAAAAGAGAAACUCAUACAUUCAACCACUACUGAUAGCAUGGAAAGCCCUGAAUGCAGCAAAACCAACUCAGUGCAUAGGGAGUAGCAGAAAGAAGGGGUACAGGAAGGGCUGGUGAUUCUGUAACAGUAUAGAUCAGUUAGCCAAUUGAGUUCCACAGGAUUACAUUGCAGUAAUGGAGUCUGUUCCUGGGAACCUUCUCUGUGCCUAAGCCAGAAUUUGACCCACAUGCAUAGAUUCCAGUAUUUGAUAUUUUUGGGGAACAUGCCAGUUUCCAGUUACAUUGUUUCAGUGAGAUGCGUGUUAAAAAGAUGCAAUCCAUUUUAUAGUUGGGGGAGGUGCCUGCUGGUCUACAACUGGUCACC